UUGUGAUAUUAUAACAACAGCAGAACAAUGUCACAGCAAACACGAAUUGAUCAGUUUUUUAAAUCAGUUGGUACUAAGUAUGCAUCAAAUUCUGUUAAUAUUAACAAUAAUGGAAAGUCAAAAAGUUUGUACACAAAAGAAGUAUAUACACAAAAUAAAAUGGAAAAGAAGAGUAAGAAAGCAUGUGUUUCAUUGCCACAACAUACUAAAGAAUUUGACACUAUACAGGAUUGUUUGAUUAUAUAUGAAAAGAUCCAUAAAGCAUAUGAUGAUACUUCGGAAAAUGAUAUAGAAAUAAUUGAAUGUAAAGAUGUAUCAGUGUUGGAAGAAACCUCACAAAAUAUACUUGAUGCAAAAUGUAUACCAUGUUCAUCAUCAGAAGCUAUUACAAUGACUAAAGUUAAUGAAAUUUGUUUGGAAACACCAACACAUAUAUUGAAGAAACCAAGAACUUCUAACGAAAAUAACGUUUCAUUAACAAAUAAUAAUAGUCCUCCUACACCAAUGAGUUCAAGAAGUAGUUCUAAAGUAGCAUCUGGUAGAUCUCCAGAAGCUAUUGUAAGAAAUAGACCAUUUAGUGAAAUUAUAAAUGAGAUUGCAAUUCAAGCUAUUGAAAAUAUGAAUUUAGCACAGCAAGGUGCUAUUCCAUUACAUAAUUUCAAUUUAGAGGAAAUUUAUUCCAGAAGUACAUUUAAUUAUCAAUAUAAUAGUAUAAAUAGUCAGACUUCACUGAAGUAUAAAGUAAGUGAUAUAUAUUUAUGCGGUGAUUUACAUUCACAAGUUUUACUUGCUACCAUUUUCAGUGUAUUUUCUAAUCCUAUUAAUUGUGGUUAUUUUGAUGAAAGUGAUUUGGACUUUAUAUAUUCCAUAAUCACACUUCCUAUAAAUGCUCAAAUGUUAUUAGCUCGUAUGAUAAAAAGGAAAAGAUCAUGGUUUAGAAGCAGUAAUAUAAAGUAUCCAGAAGUAGAAGAAAUAAGCGAUGUAAAAGAUGCUUUUAAUGUUCUUGUUAAACAAUCUAUUUGUACAUUUGAUAUUAAAAGAGAAAACUUAUCUACAAUACUUGAAUUAUUGCAAGUUGAUGAAAUUCGUCAUGUUUGUCAGAAGAUGAAGAUUCAUUUUAAAGGAAAUAAAAAAAAUAAUAUACAAAAACUAUUGCAAUUGUCAAAAAAGAAACCUUUGUUUCCUGGAGUAAAGGGUCCAAACAGUUCUUUGUAUGCUUCUAUCUUUGAUAUGCUGGGUUAUUGUGUAUGUAUAACUAGCAGAACAUGGGACAUUCUAUAUAGAAUCAUAGUUUUAUUAAUACCAAAUGAAGAUCCAAAAAAUACUAUUGCAGAUAUAUUUUUUAAGUUACGUAAAAUUUAUUUAGAAAAUAUGAUAUAUCCAAAUAUUCCUGGACAUUAUUUUCCAGUAUUUUCUAACAAGUUGCAUUUAAUAAGCUAUAUCAAGGUCAAAUCUAUAUUGUCUGCAACAUUACACCAUAAGGAACAAAAAGAUUGGAAGAAGGUACAAAGCUGUGGUGAUUCAGCUAUGGAUACAUUGUCUAAAUUAUUAAAAUCUGAAACAUUAAGAUUAAAACAUUCUGUGCUUCCAAUACAUGUACAACGUUAUAUGCCAGGAUACGUAUGGAUAAAAAUACUUUCCACAUGCGUAGAUGCGUUUAAAAAAGAUAAAGAUAAAAACCGAGUGGUGGAAGUCUUAAAUUUCUUAUUACAGCAAAAUUGUUAUAUGAAUGAAUACAAAGGAAGGUGGUAUAGUGAAUUAGCCUUAAUUGAAAUGUUUUACAAUAAAAAUGACGAAAAACUUAUCUCAAUUGUAACCCAUGCCUUAAGCACAGAAACUUUGACACAAGUAGAUAAAGUAAAUCUCAUAGAAAGGGUACAGAGAAUUGUUAAGAAGAAAACUGCAGGACAAUCAAUUAAAAGAGCCUCUAUAGAUAUAUUAUCAAGUAAUAUUUCUGAAAUGCCCAAAUAUGAAACUGCAACCAUUACUAUAACUGCUGCAUCAAUGUUUAGAAAUUCUGCUGGAAAGAAAAGUGUUUGGUGUAUAGAGAAUAACACUGAAGGUCAAAGUUUUGGGUCAGUGGAAACUGUUGCAUUACAUCAUUACAAACAACAUGGGUUUCCUAAUGGAGUGCAUUGUGAGGGUGCAUUACCAAUUAUUUUAUUCUUUACUCUGUUCUGGGAAGAAUUAUAUAGUAUACAUGUUCCUGGAACAUUUGUAACACCAUAUCAAGAGGCACCAAGUGACUUAUUUACGAUAAAAUUUUAUGAAAAUAGAAAAGAAAGAAUAGAUACAAAAUUUCAGAUUAUUGGUAAUUUUAAUGCUGAAUCAUUUGCCUCUUGGAUGCAAGAGAAAUUCAUAAUAUGUAAACAGUAUCAAUCAUUAAUGUCACAAAAUCUGCUGUAUGUAGCACAACUAAAGGUAGAUAUUUUAUUGAUAUAUCAUAUAUUAUAAAAUAUAACAAUAUGCAGCCAAAAAUCAUUUUNUCUACAAAAGGUAUUUUUUAAAUUACUAAAUAUAUACUUUAUCUUAAAGUGCAAAAUCGUUGAAGUUAAAGGCCCCGGGGACGACUUUUCGGGAAAGCAAUCCCUAUGGUUGGAAUAUCUCGAAAAAGUCGGCCUCAAUACCGAAGUAUGUUUAGUGCAAGGUAAA